ACUUCCGUCCCGGCCUGGCAGCGGUGAGAGGAGCCGGGAGCGGCCCGGGCCCAGACUUCAGCAUCACCCUGGAUGCGCCUCCCCCUCUUUCAGGGUGACACCAAGUUUGCUGCUGUUUUGCACCUGAAAGCCUGCUGCAUGCACAGAUCUGUGCCAGGAGAACUGUCACAUCCAUCUCCUAUCUGCCAAGGUCUGCGCUGGCAAAGGCAGAAUUAGAGAGGUCUGAGUAAGGAGGCAGCCAUGACCAGCUCCCCUGUCUCCAGGGUCGUUUACAAUGGCAAGAGGAACAGCAGCCCUCGCUCUCCAAGCAACAGCAGUGAGAUUUUCACCCCUGCUCACGAGGAGAAUGUGCGCUUCAUUUAUGAAGCCUGGCAGUGUGUGGAGCGAGACCUUCGCAACCAGAUGUCGGGCAGUGAGAGGGGCCUGGUGGAAGAGUAUGUGGAGAAGAUACCAAACCCCAGCCUAAAGGCAUUUAAACCUGUUGACUUGAGCGAUCUGAAGAGGAGAAACACACAGGAUGCUAAGAAAUCCUAAGGCAGGUUCUGCCUGCUGAUUGGCUGGUGUCCUGAGGUCCUCAAGCAAAUUUAAUUUGAAGAUUUUGUGUUGAUUUCCUCCUCUGGUGUGUGUUCUGCCCGUGGAAGAGCUGGGCGGCUUUGGGGCUGGCUCUGAAGCUGCCCAAGUUUGAACUCCAUUGCGGAUGCCUAGAGCGUGUUGUACUGGAUUCCUGCCCCUUCCCUGUAGCCUCGCCCUUGGGCUGCCUUUCUCUACUGUGUGUUGGGCCCACAAAGUCAGCUUACUCUUCCUCCCAGCUCUGUCCUCAGUCGGCCUUGGGCUGCUCUAUUGGCUGCCGAGUGGUUGGUGUGGUCCCUGGGACUCUGUUGCUAGGGAGGACAGAG